CUGAUAGAAGCUUCAAUCUACAGUUUUUUCAGGGUGGACGACGCUGUUUCUGUUGCUUUUUAUCGGAUAUGACCUGACACAGGUCUCUAUUGCAACUGAUCCGAGUUCAAAUCACAUCUGAACUCGUGAAGUUGUACCAGAAUUAUUGGACAGUAUCAAGAUUGCACGCAAAAACAAUAAUUUUGUGAAUGUGUCCACAAACCAAAAUCGAAGCUUCCAUUUCGAACGUAAACUGUACAUCUAAAAAGUGCACAGUGUGAUUUCGACGAACAAGGCCGUACGUUGCAGUUGCGUCGGAGGGAUGUCGCUCGGAGGCCUCUUCCAGAUUUUGGGUCGCCAAAUGAAUCGAGCGUUCCACGUUAAACCUUACGAAGGCAUGGUAGCUACCAGGACAGGCGCCUACAGGCCCGCGCCAGACCUCAUGAGUUUUCCACUUACUAAGGUGUUUUUGGUGGUGAUCCCAGGCGUGACAAUUGGCGCGUCGAUCUCAAAGUACGGGGCCGCUUUCCUCGAAGAGCACGACAUAUUCGUACCCUCCGACGAUGAUGACGACUAAAUAGAAAAAAAAACAUGUAACAAUUUUCUACCUUAUGUUUAUUUGAUCAUUUAAGCGGAUCAUUUGUUAGAAUCAAUGCACGUUGCAGUGAGUUAUCUAGAAUGAAUGUUUGUAUUUUGUAGUGGCAAAGACAUUUAAUGGUUUGCCAAUCGAAACGUAAGCAGUAUAAAAUCUGUUGUUUCUAUGUUAGGGACAAUUCUGGCGAAAAACGAAAUAUUAAUCACAACAAUUAUGCUGAUUUCAAUUCGCUUUAGCCUUUGCUCGAUGAUAAAUGACGUGAUGAUCGUAGAAGAGGAACCAAUGAAAGCGAAAUUUGGCUUUCUCGAAGAUUUUAAGAUGUAUCUUACAGAAUGUUUGUCAAAAAUCUAGUGGCUUUUUAAAAACGUCAUUCAACACGUUUUCAAGAAAAUCAAUAUUACGUAUGGGACAAAGUGAUCAAGCAGAUACAAUGAGCUGUCUUACGGACGAUGCUGGUUUCGUUCAAAGCGAACCUUGACUUACCAAUAAAUGUAUAGUUCAUCUAGACUAUAUACACAUGUUCACGGAGUGUCAACUUUAAACCUUUUAAAUCUAGCCAAGCAUGUGCAGCGAGCAAGCAUUGCAGCUGCACUAAUAGUAAAGUAUUGUGAAAAUGGAGAAUUAGAAAAGGCUUCUUACGAAACAAAAAUGAUUUAAGACUGUAAAUUCUGUUGAGGCUAUCGUUACUUGAACGAAUUUACUCAAAAAAUAUUUCAAAGUAAAAACGAUGCUAACAUCAUCGAAAACGAAUCCAUAGCUAAGUAAAUUAUCAAUUUUUUUGUAAAUUAUCUGUGAUGUGAGAGUGAUCUAGUCAGCAUCAUAGUGCUACAGGUCAUGCGAGUCGUAAAAUAAUUGCGUGUAACGAAUGAGACGUAGUUAAUGGCGGCACUGUAGAUUUUCCUCAACGUAACUCUCAAAAACUAGCUUCUCUUAAGUCAUUUAUGAACUAAACGUAUAAACGUGUUUGAAGCCGGCAUACUGUCAUUUAGCCAAACAAAUGAGUGUCGAUAAAAUUAUGAUAAUAUAUUAAAUAUGUAAACUUUUUAUUAAGGCUGCAAUAGGUGAAGCAAUGUUGUAUCACUAAUCCUACUUCAGAUAUUGAAUAUCGGAGAAAUAGUAAGGUGUUCGACAUGCCUCUAAAGGGUGUUUUGCGUAAAUGUUCAUCCAUCGUUCAUAGAAACUAGCACUUUAUAGUUAGGCAGUGUUCGAUAUCUCGAUAUAUCCAAUGCGAAAAUAUUGGAAUUUUUUCCUACGGGAAGAUUUCUUAUUAGGAAAGUUGAUGAUAUAUCGGAGAUUCCCAACACACAGUGACUUUAGAGAACCUUUAGGUUUUUUUUUAUUUAGGUUAGAUCCAGCAAUCGAGUUGGGUAAUCGAAGCAUACAAUAACGACCAUAAAUAAAGUCGCAAGUAUCUCCUAUUUAGGACGCUGCAUCUUCGAGAAUCUGUGUCCUAGAAAAUUCAUCUAAUUGUUGUAAUUAUCUGUAGAUGCCUCAUUAUUUUAGCUGUCUCCGGAAUAUACGUGAAUAAAACAGAAAUUGUCAAAAGUGA